GCAGCCUUCUCCAAGCGCGCCUCCAGAGCGCCGGGGGUUGCGCGCCCUUUAUAUGCCAGGUGGCCGCGCGUCGUUGCGCGCGCCGCUUUUCAGUGGGGUGGAGGAGGAGGAGGAGGAGGAAAGACUGCGAGUGAAGAGAGGAGAGAGACUUCAUAGUAUUAAGGGGGUGUGGGGAGAGAGGGAGAGGCAGAAAAGCGAGCGCCGGCUCUGCCUGCCUAGCGGGCGAAGGGAAGCCUCAUCUGCCCGUGAGAGCGAGACGGAGAGCGGCGCGGCUGAGGCAACAAUGGCAGCAGCGGCGGCGGCGGCGGCGGCAGCGCAUUAGGCACCUUCUGAAUGGGCAAAAGCAACCCGGGUGGGGGAGGCGGAGGAGGCGAGGAAGCCCCAGCAGCCGCGGAGGAGGAGGAAGGCGGCGGCGGCGAGGAGGAGGAGGAGGCAGCGGCGGCGGCGGCGGCAGUAGUAGUAGCGGCAGCAGGAGCAGGCGCGCCCCCCUUCCUGCCCGGCCGGCGGGAGCUGCGCGGGGCCGAAGCUUGCGGGCGCCGGCUGGCACAACUGCGGGGACCCUCGUGCCGCACGAGCCGCGCCGGCGGCUCCAUCAUCUCCAUCUCCAUCCUUUUCUCCUCCCAGAGGAGGAGUAGGUGGCGGCGGCGGCGGCAGCAGCAGAGGCACCAGCAGAGGCAGCAGGAGAGGAAGGCGCGUCCACCUGCACGCGCUGGAGCGCCGGGCUCAUGGAGAAGCGGCGGCAGUCCUGAGUGCCGCAGCAGCAGCAGCCGCCGCCGCCGCCACCACAGACUCGCUCUCACGCCUGCUGUGGAGCAGCCCCUGCCCGGGCAGGCCUCUCCGCCUCCUUCGCUCCAAGAUCUCCUGUGUUCCUAGCACUGUUCCUAGGAGUGUUAGAGACCAGCUGGGGAGAAGGGAAUGCUUCUAAACAAGCCUAUGGGUAUUUCUUACUGAGGACUGCUUCCAUGGUAAUCAAGAAGCAUCAUCAUAGUCCCAGGAUACAAUCCGGACAGGCUUAACAUUCUAGUCAUCUUCAGCCUUCUUACGUCAGUUGCUGAAAAUCCUUCCACUCUUCUCUUUGCCUGCCCAAAGACGGGCGCCAGGAGAGUGAACCUUGGGAGGAGAGAGGUCUGCAGACGCAACUGUGGAGAGAAAGAAAAAAUGUGCUGAAAUUAUUUCAAAAGUAUCUCAUGAAGAGCACACUUGAGAAAAGCGCUUGAUGGAACGGCAGACACCCAGGCUGUGAUUGGAGGCACUGCUCUUCUCGUGUGACACGUGUUGGUGAUACCAUUGCUGUCUUGCAGCACUUCUUUAAACAGGCAGUGAGCAAUAAGCAGACAGACACUUGAGCAAGCAGUAAUGUGGUGGACAGAGCUGCUGGCCGACUUCAAUUCAGAAUGGAUUGAUGAACACAUGACUGAAUUGAUGGGUGACCAAGAAGAUAAUAAGCGUGCCUCAGAAGACCCAGAACCAAUCCCAAUUAAUGGGGUGAAAGAGGAUGAGUCACAAGACCUGGAUGGGGAAGAGAAGGCUUCACAGGAUGCAGAGGCCGCAGUUCCAUCUCCACCGCUGUCAUUCCCAGGUGCUCUGAAAGAAAGCCAAGGGGGCAGCCGCGCCCAGCAGGCUCCGGCUUCAAAGAAGUCCUGUUGGCUGAACCCUCCCUCUCCCCUGAGGCUGGCUGAUGUAACUGACCACAUUUCUGAUGACUCCUCCUCUGUACACGCCAUUUCACUCACAUCAUGCGUCUCCAAGGGCAUGAGCACCUGGUCCCUGCCCGGAGACUGUGAGAAGGCUCCAUUCAACAUUAUGGAACCUGGGAGCAUCUCAGCCCUCACCGGUGACUGCUUGAUGCAGCCGAGCCGGACCUGCCUGGGCUACUUUAUCGAAUCAAAGGAUGGCAUUGAUUCAGAGCCAGGAAUAAGCCUGAAAGUGGGUGAUAUAAAUAGGGAUUAUGACACCUGUUCAGUCUCUGAUAUAGGGAUUCAUUGCAUGAGCACAGGGGAAACCAUGAGAUAUGGGGAUCAACUGCUUUCAGACCAACUCUUAAGCUUCCCUGCGCAUAAAUCAAGGGCAGCAGACAAGAGAGAUGCAGAGAAAUCUGACAGCGAUUCAGAGGACCCUACUCAGAAAAAUUACUAUGAGGGAUUACUCUUAGACAAGUGCAAUGGGGAGGAACCUUUACUAACAAAUCCCAGCCAGGAGUGGGGUUAUUUUGAAUCUUUCAUCAGUGAAAGCAAAAUCGAGCUGCUCGACCUUUGCUCCAAAAAUGAGCUUUCUGUGAACCUGUUUUCUGAGGAAGAUGUGGAUAAUUACAUGUUUGAUGACGACUCAAACUUGGGAAGUGACGUCUGCUCCUUAAAAAUUCGGUAUGAGUCCUUCCAAGACAGUGUGAAGGAGAAGGCAGGUUCUCUGCAGGAUGAUGCCCAGCUUAAUUUCUUCCCAAACGUGCUCAGUGGAUGCCCUAAAAAGGAAGGCCGAAUGGCUUUGAAGAGGGGGCCUCGAGGGGCCACUGAUACUUCCCAGUUCAAAUCUGAGGAGAGCAUCAUUUGGGGGGAAGAGGAGGCAGAUGGAGGAAGGGACGAUGACGACGAGGAGAGUGAGAAAGUUGCCUUAAACAAAUCUUGCACCAGUACAGAAGUGGUACAGUACAUUUCUCCCAAAAGAAACCACUUCUUGGAACUUGUUAAUUCCACAGAGGAUCCCGGGGACUUCAGUGAUGACAGCACCUGUACUGAAUCUUCUUUUGAUGUUCUCCAAAAUCUUAAGGACUGCAAUAAGUACCUGCCCAGAGACCACUCCAGUUCCUUCAUACAACAGAACUAUGGCCUGCGAGCAAAGAGAAAAGUGAGAUACAGCGAUGAUUACCUAUAUGAUGUGGAUUCCAUUGAGAGCGAGAAGAUUGUGGAUAAGAAGGAGGGGCACCCAGAUGGACCCAAGGAGGAGGAUGAUGAUGAAUGGUGCCCAAAGAAAAGGAGAAAAGUUUCUCGCAAGGAGCCCCCAGUCAUCAUAAAAUACAUCAUUACCAACCGCUUUAAAGGGCAAAAACAAAUGCUUGUCAAGCUUUCCAAAGUGGAUCCCAGCGAAAUUACAGUGAUCCUGAAUGAAGAACGUUUGAAAAAAUAUGCCAAGAUGGCCCCCCUGAAGAGCUUUUGGCAAGAGAAGUGGCAGAACCGACUGAAAUCAGAACUUCAGUGCAAACAAGGUUUAUAUCUCAAUGGCUCUGAGGUCUCCUCCUUGCCUCACCCAAGGAAGCGAAAAGGCAAAUUGGCCAAUAGGCACAGGAUUCAGAGAAUCAAAGCCAUUGAGCAACCCAUGGCCAAGCCCGGCUCUUGUUCUUCAGACCCAAGGCAGGUUUGCCGCAGAAUUGGAGAUAGCGAUGCAGGCCCAAGAGGGAUGCAGACCCUGGCUGUUGCAACACCCAGCUGUGCAAACGGCUUGCAGCUGAAUGACAUCGCGAGCCUUGCCUCACCAAAGGAAUUCAAAGGGCCCGAGAGGAAAGUGUUGCGCAGGAUCAAGUUCAAAAGCGAAGCCAGGCUGAAGUGCAAGCAGAUUAAGGCCAGCCUGGCAGAGGCCUCCCCAGCCUUGGAGAACCAGGAGCCUCUUGCAAUGGAUGGAAGUGGUCCUUGCCCUGCAGAUGGCUCUCGCCUUACCGAGCACAAGGAGGAUAAGGUUGCUAAAAAUCCUCCAGCUUUCCUAGCUACCACCUGCUCUUCAGACAAGGCCCUUACGUCUGCUAAUCUUGCUGCCAGUGUGCCCCUCAUCCCUGGAGGGUAUCUGCAGACACUGUUAGAUGCCUCUGAUUUGUCAAGCAACACUGGGAUCUCUUACUUCAGUCAUCAGCAGUCAAAGCAGCAGCAGGAGGAGCCCCUCCCUGGCCUUCUUCAAGCAGAGAAGCCGUUCUGCACUCUGCAACCUGCCCAGAGCUGUGUCCUGUCCCCGCCAGAGUCAGAGCUGCAGCAGUCACCAAGCCACUUGGAGAUGGAGCCCAGCAGCUUCGGAGGCCUCUGGCCAGCAAGCAAAGCAUCUGGUGGCAGCAGCCAGGAAUUUCCGAGUGAUUUGCGGGAGGCUCCUGCACAGUCGGCUGCAGAGUUCGGGAGCUGUGCAGGUGCAGAUGGCCCUCCAGCCUCUGGAUACAGUCAAGUAAACCUGAAUAGUAGCAAACUGCCAUACCAAAAAAAGUACAUGUCAGAUAGCCAGCAGUCGCAGUCAGAGGAAUCUUUCCAGUCGUGUCAUUUCAAUAAUAGAGAGGGGCAUUUUCAGUUCCAGCAAGGUGCGCUAAGCACAGACGACGGGAGGCUGAUUAGCUUUGAUUCAGUGGGCUCUUUGUCGGUUAGUUCCAGCAACUUCAGUUCCCUAAGUUUAAAGUCCUGUGAAAAGGAUGGUGAAGAUGACAUUGCAGAUGAUUUCUUGGCCCACUGCAGCCCCAAACUAGUGAUUCAGCAAAGCAUAGAUGAAAUAACACCUUUGAAGGAGUCUACGGACCUUUUGGAUAUCUCCAACUUCACUCCUGACAAGUUCCGCCAAUCAUCUCUUUCAGAAAUGUCUCCCCCAGAUACCCCUAACCUUUCCCCACAGAUAACUGGGUCGGAAGUCAAACCACUGGGGACCAUGAAAUGUUUUCCUGAGAGCUCCCAGGCUGUGCUGAAUAACCCUGAGAAAGUCAAGUGGGGAUGUGGGAUCCUCCAGACGCACCAAGAUCAGGCUGAUAAUGGAUUUACUUUAAAUAACCACCAAUUCCAGUUCCAUAUGUUUAAUGACGAAGAUUCUGUCGGCCUUCUUGAAAAGGGCCCAUGCCUGUCAACAUUUGAUGAGCCAUCUGGCCAAAUUAACAGCAACGGUAAAGUGUCAAAACCGAAGAGGAAAGGUUCAUCCAAUAAAAAUAUGGGUGGAACCCCAAACCCUCCACAGAAAACCGUACGGAAAAAAGCACCCAAAGCCAGCAAAGGGAUGGAGAAGGGGCAAAGCAGAAAUUCUAGACAGCCUCCCAAAUCAACAAGGAAAGGGAAGAAUGUGGCUGGAGCUCAUGACGAAAAGGCUUUGAGCAUUGGUGGGAGAGCAGCAGCUCCACUGAACAACUCAGCCUCAGCGACAAAAGCGUUGGUGGAAUCCAUCCACCGUGGUGGCCCGACCUCCAUCCAGAUAGGGAAGCCUAACGGGCUCCCUGGGGAAUGGGCCCUGGGGAAGGACAACAGCGGAGGCUGGUCUGAAGCAAGACUAGGUAAUGCUAACAGCCUCCUCAAUGACGAUCAAAGGGAAUUUGAGGAGCCGUCCAACAUUUUGUCAAACAUAGCAUCUGGAAUGGCAGAUGUUCAGAGAUUCAUGAAGGUCUCCAUUGAGCCACUGUGGGGGCCCGUUUCUCAUAACAAUGCCUCUGAUGUAUUCCAGCCCCCUGAAUCAAACAGCCUGAAAUUGAAAACUCUUAAGAUCCUGGCUGGCACAUCACAAGAGUCCAAGAAAAAGGUGAACGGUGGUUCUUCUGCAACGGCAAAGAGUCACAAGCCAGGGAACAAGGGUUUGAACAAAGCCAGCGGCCGAGCUGCCUCCUGUGAUCCUGGACGUCCCAACUGUCCAGCUGGGUACCCCCCAGACGUUCACUCUCCCUUUUUUGAUAAAAGCUAUAGUAACCUGAGCACUUUAGCCAAAAACGAGCCCACCCAUAAAAAGCUGUAUCGGCAUAAAUCCACUUCUAAGUCACUGAGAGAUGACAACUGUAAAGCAAAGCAAGCGGAGCGUGAGCAGGUCCGUAAGGACCCGUCUGCGACGGCUUCAUUUGAGAAACUGAGGUAAUGCUGCACCAAACUCGCUGGAAUGCCCCCUCCCCCUACUACCUGCUAAUAUUUUUUGGUGGUUGUUCUCCUUUAUGUUCUCAAAAGUGCAUGAAAAUACUUAUUUCUUGCAAGCUACCUAAAAGAAUGACCAAACUUUUUUUCCUCUGGCUUGGCUGGGGUUAAAAACAAAUUAACAAGGCUACUCCUUUUUUUCUUGCUGUUUGGCUUCUUCAGUUUGUAUUCAUUUGUUUUAUUUUUAAGGGCUUGUUUUGUGGUCUCCCUUUUUCUGAAGCUUUCAAAAAAAAGGAAAAGACUUUUUUUAACUUUUCGGUUUGAAAAAUAAAGAGAAAAGAGAGGUGGUGCAUCCCCCCUCCCCCUAAAAAAGCCAAACAAACACAGCAUUUAGUUUGCAAAAUGACAACUCAUUCCUAGUUGUGCACCAUGUGGCUUCUGGGUCUGCAUUCUAGCCCCCUGCUGUUUAUAUCCUAACUGGCACCAUAAAGCUUCAUCUAUCCAAGUUAGAGCAUACAUGACACCACCUGACCUAACUAAGAUGGCAUAAAAUGUUUGGUUUUUCUGCAGGGAAACAGACUACAUUCUUCUUAAAGCAGAGAGCAUUUUUUUAAAAACCUGUAUUUGGAGAAGAGACACCUUUUUCUAGAAAGACAUUUGAUGCUUGCUUGGGUUCCUCCCUUUUUUCUUUUUUGUCCCCCCACCACUUCCUUGCUCAAGAAAGAUAUAUAUAUAUAUAACAAUGCCUUGUAAUAUGUUCAAGUGUUUAAGUGCUGAAAUCAAAACUUUGAAAUUGUGGGACUUUUCAUCUUUAACAGCAAAUCUAACAUAGUAUUCCCUGUGUUUCAGAAGUCAUACUGUUGUACAGUUGUUGAUGCACUAUUACUGACAACAACCACACAAAUUGUGCCAAACUCUGAAGAAUUGAUGUACUGUACAUAUUUUUACAACUCUUUAUCAACAAUGGGUUGUGAGUGUUUACUGGAGCUAUUUUCUUUCUUUCUUGAUUUUUCUUUUGCCUUCUGAUUUACUGUAAACAUUCCACUGAUACGAUUAGCUACCCCCUUCAAAAGCAACCACUAUGAAAAUGAUGUUCACUUAUACUGUAAUGUACCAAAAGUUUUAUGGGCAUGACUAAACAUGUGUGUGCCAAAUUAACUUACCUCAUUUCAUGAAUUUUUGCCCUCUAGUAGGGAGGCCAGGAGGACUUUAAAAUGGAAACUGGGAAAUUACCGUGCCCUCUGGAAAGUAUUGAUGAAAUACUUAAACCUCAUUCUGUGAGUGUUUGAUUGGAGGGUUUUAGACAUCAAACAAAAUCACUCUAGGUAAAUUUACUGGAAACUCAAGUGUGUACAUUAGUCAGUGAAAUGAAGAACAACAGUUAAACCGUCGCCUGUUUUCUUUCAAGCAAAACCUGUAGCUGAAGGUUAUUUCAAAAGCAAAGUUGUAUUGUUCAUAUUUGUAACUCAGUUUUCUAUAUUUUAUAAUACGACUUGGGAUAGAUUCUAAAAAAAAAUAGUGAUGGGGGGAAAUGGGAACCAAUGCAUUUCAUAUACACUGUUUUGGUAUUUUGUUUUGAGCUGUUUCGUAGCCAUUUCUACGCUUCUCCUGUUAGAAGAGCUCUCUGCUCCAAGCUUUGGUGUUUUCUAAACGAUUAAAAGAAAUUAUUGUUUGAA